AAUUUAGCUGAAGAUCCAUUAUUAAACUGGUCUGGACCACACACAAUUUCUAUACCACGCAAUAAUACAUGUAAUCAGGGACUAGGAUUUGGAUUUAGUCUUCGACAUCUAGUUGUAAACCCACCUGAUACAUCAAGAGCAGUUCCAUUUCAAGUAAACCAAUCAGAUCAAGGCUCAAAAUGUGGUCUGGAGCCAAUGGACACAAUAUUUGUGCGGACUGUAAAUAAUGGUGGACCAGCUGAUCAAUCAGGAUUGAAUAUUGGAGAUAAAAUUCUCUCGGUUAACGGCGAAUCUGUCAACGGGAAAUCUUAUCAACAAGUACUAGAUCUUAUACAACAAAGUGAACAUUCAGUCAGACUCUUAGUCAUACCCCGCAAUGAAGAUAUAUUGCAAAUGGUAGGUAUUUCCCAUCACAAGUUUUGGAGGAAAAAAAGUGCCUCGUUGUUUUGA